AUGGAGUCAAAUAAGGAUCUUGGGUUACUAAACAUAAUCGAUACUAUGAAAAAGAACAUCAUAAUAUGUAUAUUUCUAUUUAAUUUCAGAGGAGGUGGAUUAUAUAAUGAAGAAGGGAGGAAAACUGGAAUUUGGAUUGAAAUUAGUGAAUCUUUUAAUGAAAAUUCUCAAAUUACAUAUAUAGGAGCAUAUUCAAAUGGUAAGAAAUAGAAAAGGUGGAUUACAAAAUUUUAUGAUAUUGAAAUUGGGGGAGGAAAUUAUGAUAAUGCUGGAUAAAAAAUUAAUUUGUGGAUUGAAUUGCAUGAAAAUUUUGGAGGAGGAUGCGAAGUAAUUUAUUAAGGAUCUUAUAAAUUUGGAAAUAAAUGCGGGAUUUGGGAUAUAUAGCAUAGAUAAUAUGCAGAUAACUAAUUUUAAGUGAUGUACUAAAAUUUGAUUACUAGUGGGUAUUAAAUGUUUAAUGAAUUUGGAUUAAAAAAUGGGAUUAAUAUGGAAUUAAGUCAAAUAUUCUUAAAUGAUUAUUAGAUAAUUUAUGUUGGAUCAUAUAAAAAUGGAUUAAAAUUUGGUUAAUGGGAAAUAAAAUAUAGGGAAAGCAAUGUAGAGGAAUUCAUUGAAAUUGGUGGAGGUUAAUAUAAUGAUGAAGGAUUGAAAAUAGGGAUAUGGGCCGAUAUUGAUGAUGAAUUUAAUAACUUUAACAAAUACAUCAAUAUUGGAUAAUACAUAUUAGGAGAAAAGACAGGAUAAUUUAUCGUGAAAUAACUAGAAUGA